UCACUGUUUCUUCGCUUCUGUGACAUCCAGGAAAACAGGACACAGAAUGAGACUGCUAGCAGUGACCUUGGCAGCGGUGGUGGCGCUGCACUGCGUCAGCAGCAUGCACAUCCCGGCGGCAUUCUUGGACGAGUAUGACUUCAGAUCCGAGAACAGCACAUCCAGCAACAGCACAUCCAGCAACAGCACAUCCAGCAACAGCACAACUACAAACCCAAGUGGACCACCCAACCAAGGUGGCAACCAGGGACCACCAGGUGGCCAACCAGGACAGGGUGGCCAACAGGGACCAGGUGGACAAGGACAACAAGGUGGCCAACCAGGACAGGGUGGCCAGCAAGGACCAGGUGGACAAGGACAACAAGGUGGCCAACCAGGACAAGGUGGACAAGGCCAACAAGGCGGCCAACCAGGACAAGGUGGACAAGGCCAACAAGGUGGACAAGGACAACAAGGUGGACAAGGCCAACAAGGUGGACAAGGACAACAAGGCGGCCAACCAGGACAAGGUGGACAAGGCCAGCAAGGUGGACAAGGACAACAAGGCGGCCAACCAGGACAAGGUGGCCAGAGUGGACAAGGACAACAAGGCGGCCAGCAAGGACAAGGUGGACAAGGACAACAAGGUGGACAACCAGGACAGGGUGGACAAGGACAGCAAGGUGGACAAGGACAACAAGGCGGCCAACCAGGACAGGGUGGCCAGAGUGGACAAGGACAACAAGGCGGCCAGCAAGGACAAGGUGGACAAGGACAACAAGGCGGCCAACCAGGACAGGGUGGUCAGCAAGGACAUGGCGGUCAACAAGGACAACAAGGAUCAGGUCAAAAUGGACAAGGACAACCUGGUGUUAGGCAGGCUAUUGGUCAAGGAGGUAACCAGCAAGGAGGUCAACAAGGUGGUCAACAAGGACAGCCUGGUGGUCAGCAAGGACAGCAAGGUGGACAAGGACAGCAAGGUGGCCAACCAGGACAAGGUGGACAAGGGCAGCAAGGUGGACAAGGACAACAAGGCGGCCAACCAGGACAGGGUGGUCAGCAGGGCCAAGGUGGACAAGGACAACAAGGUGGCCAACCAGGACAAGGUGGACAAGGCCAGCAAGGUGGACAAGGACAACAAGGUGGCCAACCAGGACAGGGUGGCCAGCAAGGCCAAGGUGGACAAGGACAACAAGGUGGCCAACCAGGACAGGGUGGACAAGGACAGCAAGGUGGACAAGGACAACAAGGCGGCCAACCAGGACAAGGUGGCCAGAGUGGACAAGGACAACAAGGCGGCCAGCAAGGACAAGGUGGACAAGGACAACAAGGCGGCCAACCAGGACAGGGUGGUCAGCAAGGACAUGGCGGUCAACAAGGACAACAAGGAUCAGGUCAAAAUGGACAAGGACAACCUGGUGUUAGGCAGGCUAUUGGUCAAGGUGGUAAUCAGCAAGGAGGCCAACAAGGUGGUCAACAAGGACAGCCUGGUGGCCAGCAAGGACAACAAGGUGGUCAAGGACAGCAAGGUGGACAAGGACAACAAGGUGGCCAACCAGGACAAGGUGGACAAGGACAGCAAGGUGGACAAGGACAACAAGGCGGCCAACCAGGACAGGGUGGCCAGCAAGGACAACAAGGUGGACAAGGACAGCAAGGUGGCCAACCAGGACAGGGUGGCCAGCAAGGACAACAAGGUGGACAAGGACAGCAAGGUGGACAAGGACAGCAAGGUGGCCAACCAGGACAGGGUGGCCAGCAAGGACAAAGUGGUCAAGGACAACAAGGCGGCCAACCAGGUCAGGGUGGCCAGCAAGGACAACAAGGUGGACAAGGACAGCAAGGUGGACAAGGACAGCAAGGUGGACAAGGACAGCAAGGUGGACAAGGACAGCAAGGUGGCCAACCAGGACAGGGUGGCCAGAGUGGACAAGGACAACAAGGAUCAGGACAAAAUGGACAAGGACAACCUGGUGUUAGGCAGGCUAUUGGUCAAGGAGGUAACCAGCAAGGAGGUCAACAAGGACAGCCUGGUGGCCAGCAAGGACAACAAGGUGGACAAGGACAGCAAGGUGGCCAACCAGGACAAGGUGGACAAGGACAACAAGGCGGACAACCAGGACAGGGUGGCCAGCAGGGACAACAAGGUGGACAAGGACAGCAAGGAGGCCAACCAGGACAAGGUGGUCAGCAAGGACAAGGUGGACAAGGACAGCAAGGUGGACAAGGACAACAAGGCGGCCAACCAGGACAGGGUGGCCAGCAGGGACAACAAGGUGGACAAGGACAGCAAGGAGGCCAACCAGGACAAGGUGGUCAGCAAGGACAACAAGGUGGACAAGGACAGCAAGGUGGACAAGGACAACAAGGCGGCCAACCAGGACAGGGUGGCCAGCAGGGACAACAAGGUGGACAAGGACAGCAAGGAGGCCAACCAGGACAAGGUGGUCAGCAGGGACAACAAGGUGGUCAGCAAGGACAAGGCAGUCAAGGACAGCAAGGUGGCCAGCAGGGACAUGGUGGGCAACAGGGAUAAGGUGGACAAGAACAGCAAGGAAUUAAUGUGGCCAAAAUGGAAAAUAGUUAUUUCAGUUUGGUCAUUUUGUUGGCCAGCAAUGACAAGUUAAUCAUGUACAACUCUAACGUACGCAAUAAUUUCUUCGGAAUGUUUAAGUUCAUAUCCUAAAUUCCGAAGCAUUGUAUAAUGCUUGGAAUAAUGAAAUAUUAUUUCUAGUGAUGUUAUUGUCUCAUAUAAGAUAAAAAAUACAUUUUGAUUUUUUCUAUUAAUUCUUGUAAUAAUUAUGUAAUUUAUUAUUUUAUAUAUUUUCAUUAUCAUUGUAUAUAUUAAUAUUAUUUAACUUUUUGUUCAGUCUUUUCUCUGUUAAUGAAGUGCAUUCGUGUUAAUAUUUUUAAUAGCCUGUUUUUCUUGUUUAUAAUUUUUUUUCCUUAACAUUUUCUGCAUAAAAUUGAUGUACUAUGAAUGGCAAUAAAAUUUUGAUUAUGUAUUAAAAUA